AUGGCACCGGUGAAAAGAGAAGACCGCCGCCGGAUCCCAUUGACGGCAUUCACUUUGCUUACCGUCCCAGAGGACCCCAUGCUGUCUGUCUAUCUUAGAAACAAGGAAGCCAUCGACAUCAGCAUGGAAAGAAGGAUGUCCAGAUCAAAGCCGGAAGCACGUUCGAGCCCUUGUGCAGCUUCAGACUCAGCCAACGGUCGUCCCCAGCUGCACCAUGUUGGCGACUCCUCAAUCGAUAAGGACCAGGUCACUAGCAAGCUCCAUGCCUCCGGGAUGGAACUCGAACUCGACAAGUUCAUGGGCACUAUCACGGCAACAGAGUCGCCCGAUGCCGUCAUCAAGACAAUUGCUUCGACCAAGGGAAUACCGUUUUACGACAGGGGAAAGUAA